AUGAAGCUGCAAAUCGCCCUUUCCGCUGCCCUCCUCGGACUAGGAGCCAUCGCAGCCCCCGCGGAAUCCUCGAACAACCAGCAAACUCAGAAUACGCAUACUUAUGUUAAAGUAACCCUGGAGGAGCCCCUUAACUGGAUUGCCGGCGCUCGCUUGUUCCCAAGCAACGUGAUUGCUGGCUACAAUGGUGAUCUGUGCGAUUACACCGCCGAGGCUUGGGAGAAAUUUGUGCAGGACAAAUGCAAGACCUUUGCAGAGUGUACAUCCUCUCUGUCAUUCUCAGGCAUCAGCUCCGGCUCCCCAAGGACCAGGACUUGGUUCGGAUAUGUGUUCAGGGGAGGUGCAACCACUCAGGUGGACUACGUCAGGCUCCAAGAUGUGGAGAAGUCCGUGGCCUACAGCAUCCCGAAGCAGUAG